AUGAGGGCCUUUGAGACUGAGUUUGUUGAGUUGGCUUCGUAUCGAUUGCGGGAUGUAGCUAUUAAUUGGUAUGAAUCUUGGGAGUUAUCUAGUGGUGAGGAUGUUCCCCCAGCAUGGCUCUUCAGCCAGGUAUGGAUAUUGCUCGGGUACAGGUAUACGCACAGGGGGGAGAGGAUUGACACACGGGAUGUCAGCCAGAUAGAGACCAUGAUGGAUGCCAGCAUAAGAGGGCAAGAUCGGCGGGUUAUUCUGAUAGGAAGGGCUGUAGCACAAAAUGUACUUCUAAGUAAUUGCCCCAUAGAUCCUAUAUCUAUCUAUAUGAAGAAGAAAUCAUGUAACGAAGGGGAUUCUUAUUUGUGCAAAUGGUACUUCGAGCUUGGAACGAGCAUGAAGAGAUUAAGGAUACUUCUUUAUCUUUUGAGUUGUUCUGCCGGAUCGGUCGCUCAAGAUCUUUGGUCUUUAUCCAGACCCAAUGAAAAAAUUGGGAUCACUUCUUAUGGACUCGUUGAGAAUGAUACUGAUCAAGUUCAUGGCCUAUUAGAAGUAGAAGGCGCUCUAGUGGGAUCUUCACGGACAGAAAAAGAUUGCAGUCAGUUUGAAAGAGGUUGA